AUGCCUUUCCUUUUAGAUUUGUCUCUUCAUCUUUUUUUUUGCCUUUUCUCUUCAAUUCUUUCUUUCUUUUCUUCUUUAUUUCUUUUUUCCACUGUUCAUCCCCUUUUUUUUUUCUUUCUUUAUUCUUCAAAGCUUUUCCGUAUUUUUUCUUUUCUGUUAUAUCGCCAUCUCUUUUGUUCAUUGAUUUACCUUCGCUUUCCACCCUCCUCGCUUGCUUCAUUGCUUCCUUCACGUCUUCUUCUUUUUUCACUUUAUUUCUUCCUUUUUUUUACCUUUUUGUAUUACUAUCUCCUCACCAUUUUUAUUUGCUUCCCAUCUCUAUUCCUUCCUUCCUUCCUUCCUUCCUUCCUUCCUUCCCUCCUUCCUUUACUUCCUUCUUUCCUUCCUUCCUUGUUUCCUUCCUUCCUUCCUUGUUUCCUUCCUUCCUUCCUUCCUUCCCUGUUUUCUUCCUUCCUUCCUUCCUUCCUUCCUUCCUUCCUUCCUUCCUUCUUUCCUUCCUUUCCUUUCCUUUCCUUCCUUCCUUCCUUCCUUUCUUCAUUCUUUCCUUCCUUCCCGCCUUCCUUCCUUCCUUCCCUCCUUCCUUCCUUCCCUCCUAAAUUCCUUUCUUCCUUUCUUCCUUUCCUUCCCUCCUUCCUUCAUUCCUUCCUUCCCUCCUUCCUUUCCUUCCCUCGUUCCUUCAUUCCUUCCUUCCCUCCUUCUUUCCUUCCUUCCCUCCUUCCUUUCCUUCCUUCCCUCCUUUUUUCCUUCCUUCCCAAAUUCCUUUCCUUCCUUCCUUCCCUUUUCCUUCCUUCCCUCCUUCCUUCCUUUUCUUCUUUCCUUUCUUCAUUCUUUUCCAUUAUUGUCCUUUCUCGUAUUUUGCAUACUACCAUUUUUGUCUCCUUUCCUUCCUUCAGUGCUUCAUUCCUUACUUCAUUCAUUCAACUUUUCUUCUUUCCCUUUUCCUUUUUUCUGCAUUACUAUAUCAUUUUUCCUUCUUCGUCGUCUUCUUUCCGUUUCGGUCUUCCAUUUUGUCGUGGUUCCUUUCAUUAUUUUCUUUCACUCUUAAUUCUUCAUAAAAUUAUUUCUACUCUUCUCAUAUUAUUGACAAAUUUCUCCUUAUUUUCAAUUCUUAAUAUUUUACAAUUACUUUCUCUCCUUUCUUCCAUUCUUUCUUUCUUUUCUUUCUUUCUUUCUUAUCUUCAAUUUUUCCUUUCUUACUCCUUCCAUACAUUUCUUUUUCUUGUUCUUUUCGGUUUUUCCUUUCUUUCUUUCUUCUCUUUUAGUUCUUUCUUUCUUUUUGUUUUUCCUUUCUUUCUUUCUAUUUUGCUCUUAUCUUUCUUCCUGUCUUUCUUUUCCGCCAUUUCUUUCUUUUUCCUUUCUUUUGAUUUUCUUUUUCCUCGCUUUCUUUUCGUUUCCUUUUUCUUUCUUUUUGUUUCCUUUUUCUUUCUUUUUUUGUUUCAUUUUCUCUUUCUUUUCGUUCUUUUUUACUUUAUUUUGAUUUAA